AUGUCUCGCCCCACCGCCAUCCCGUGCACGUCCACACCUCCACUACCACCACCAGUACUACCACCACCACCAGCAGCAGCAGCACCAGUACAAGCCGCUGUCUCGUCUGUCUGCUGCAUCUGCAUGGAGCACGAGGAAGUCCACGGCACGCGCCUCGUCCAGUGCCGUCGCUGCGCCAUCUGCGUCCACGUCAAGUGCUACGGCCUCCGUCCCUCGAGUCCCGACGCCGUCACGUGGCUCUGUCAAGCGUGCGCUUACUUCAGCGCUACUUCCGCCCCCGCUGUCUCGCCCCAGUGUGCCGUGUGUCCCAUUGCUGGCGGUGCUUUACGACGCACCAAUCAGCGCGACGUCUGGUGCCACGUUCUAUGCAUUAACUGGAUCCCCGAACUCUUUCACAGCCUCAAAGGCGGUUGCGACGAAGCGGUGGACAUUUCGCUAUUGGACAAGAGUCGCAGCGCCUUGCGCUGUCUCAUCUGCGGUCUACGAGGCGGCUGCAUUCAAUGUGUCAGUGGCCGCUGCGCCAAAGCGUUUCACGUGCUCUGCGCCUUUCGGUGUCCCUCCAGUCUCUUGUUCACAGGCUACACAGCCGACUUUCAGCAGAUUUACCACUGCAAAUUGCACCUCUCGGACGUCCCGUCGUCGCUGUUGACGUCCAAGCACGAGCUCAUGGACACGUCGUGGCUGCAGCUGCCAGCUGUGCAGACGUACGCAAAGGAGCACCCCGUGACGAGUGAAGGCAAGUGCCGCUUUUGCAGCGCGAAAGUGACGGCAAUAAAUAAAGACGGACACGAGACGCAGUGUCUAUUGGGCUGGCUAGCACGGCAGGAUGCACUGCGGAGAAAGCAGGAGUUGCAUCGACUGGGACUGAACCCCGUCGAGAUUAUGUACAAGAAGAAGGACACGAUGCGUGCGACAAAAAAAGCUGUUGGUAAAUCACGGAGGAAACGUAGUCCUCGCAAGUCGCAGCAGGGCAAGUAUCAACGACAAACAACACCGAUGCGCGAGUGUCCUGAAUGUGGUGCUGUAGUGCGGGAGACGCUCAUGAUGGGGCAUUUACGGAAAAGUUGCUCGAAGAGUCGCCACGCGACGAAGCGCAGGAAGAAUUUGAUGUCACCGAGGAAUCUUUCGUUUGGCAUCCGAGACGACGCGGAGGCUGCCAAUAUUUCAGGCGUGUUGUUUGCCUCGUGGCCAGGACAGAGUAAUGGGGCGCUAAUGGAUUCGGCGUAUUUUUGGAAAGUAGUGGAGAAGCAUUUUUUUAGCAGCAAUACGCUCGAAAAAAAGAGCAUCGAGCAAAUGUCAAAGAGUUUGUGCGGUGUGAAACUGGAGGACUUUGCGACGGUCUUGCAUCGGCGACCUGUUCAGUCGUCUGACAUGCAUUGCCGAGACACGAUGCGAUUUGAACGAGAUAAUGAAGGAUCAAGACAGUCUCUAGUGCUCAGAAAAUGUGCACACAAGUGCGACUUUUUUAUGCGUGCAAGUCAUUGUCGCUGUCUGAGCGACAGUGCUGCCAAGCCUUUGAUUGAAAUAAGUCAUAACGCCGUGUGUAAGCAGCUAGGUGCUAAUCAAAUUGUUGAUUCCGCGGUGAUACGCGUCCUUCCAGACGGCUCUAAAGUGGACAUAAGUGUACUGUUUGGGGAUGGAAGAAAUGCAGCAGUUGCUUGCAAGUAUUCGAUGCACGUUAUGCAAGAAGAAGCCAAAACGGAGGAGCACGCUGCCGGUAUUGAUACGUCUGUAAGCAGUUUUCGGCAUGAUUGUAUGUCUACAUUAGUUGGCUUUGACAUGCAGACAAACAAAGUGCCGCUAUUUAAGGGCAACAAGUUGCUGGUAUCUCUUGACGCUUGGAGUCAAGUAGAGGAGAGUCUGUCGCAGUGGAAAUCGGUUGUAAAUCUCUCUGCUGACACCGCACUUGCCGACGAAUUAACGCCAGCGAUCAACUUGCUAUUGGAACAUCUCAAGGAUACGACAGAAAAGAAUCGAUACCGCAUUUGUACACCAUACAUGAAGCUGCAAGAGAGUGAGGGUGACGACAUUAAGUUUCAAGUGCUAGCGCAGAUGACCGAUAUGUACUAUCGCGAAUUUUCGGCUUGGAAACGCUUUUGUGUGAGCCUGUUAGUCGGUUAUAAUAGCAGUGAGUCACACGAAAUCGACAAUGGGAAGAUGGCUGAUGGUGAAGAAGAACAAGAGCUUUUAGAAGAUGAGAAUGACGCAAUCGAUGAUGGCACGUGCGUCGUGUGCUUCGACGGCCAGUCACCUGAAACGAACCCCAUUAUAUUCUGUGAUCGAUGCGAGCUGGCAGUUCACCAGCGCUGUUACGGAAUGGACAAAGUCCCUAGCAAUGAGUUCAUUUGUGAUCGUUGUUUAGCCACGCAAGAUGGGCUGGAUCCUGCCAGUGAUGUUUUUUGUCAACUGUGUUCAUUGAAUGACGGUGCGUUUAAGCGCACCAUCGAUGGGAAGUGGGUUCACGUUGUAUGUGCUUUAUGGUGCCCAAAAGUGUGGAUCGGCAAUCUGUGCGAGCUGUCAGAAAUCAGUUUGGUUGGUACCACCAAUCAAAUCCGGUUUAUGAACUCAUUGGAAGAAAUUGACAUGCGCAUCAAGCUAGCGUCCGGCGAGCAGCAAUCUGCUCCGAAAUAUGACCAAAAUCCGGAAGUUCCUGCUGUGCAGUUGGGCGAUCUUUGCGUACACUGCAGAGUUGCUUGUGGCCGCACGAUUGUGUGUUGUCACCCAGGUUGUUCAACGUCCUUUCACCCUCUAUGCGGAUGGUAUGAUGGCCUGCCUAUGACAAUAUCACUGAACAACAAUCGAUACGUGUAUGCGGGUGGCGGGGCGGGGCUAAACUUUCAGCUAUUUUGCUCGCGUCAUUUACCUGAUCAUUAUCCUGCAUCAGAGCAGCUUGCAGAGCGCCGUCGGCGAGCGCGGUUUCGAAUCGAUUCAUUCUUCGUUCUGCGAAACAAAGACAAUUACAGAAGCGGUGCGAAGAAAAGUUCUGAUGACGAGUCUUCUUUGUUGUCUGGUUCGAUCGUGCAAGCCGUGCUAUCAGCAGAGAACAAGAUAACAGCAGCCGAAGUUGGUCCGUUUACGACCGAUUGGACUGACAUGGCGGUAUGCUCUGCGUGCUUUGAGUACUGUUCGCCUAUCGUUGGGGGACUUGUGGACGUGAAUAUGCUACAUCGAAGGCAAUUUAUGAUACGUUGCCAGUACUGCAAUGUCCAUAUCCAUCCCGAGUGCUGCAUUUCGGACAUUGGGUCAUCUGCCACAAUAUUCAAAAGCAACUGGAUUUGUGAGCGUUGUACGCAAACGGGAGGCAAGGAGGUGCCAGAGUGUAUUGUGUGCAAUAAGGCAACUGAUUACAUGAUGCCUUGCGUUGAGCCGCCCACUAUAGUAAACCAUUUGAAUCCGCAAGUCAAUUCGAACGUAGCACCAGCAUUUACAAUGAUGCGCUCGGCUUUAGGUGGAGGGCAACAACUUUGGUUGCAAGCCCACCAGAAAAUGCAGCAACAGCAGCAAGGGCACAUUGAUGCUGACGGUGGCAAACAGCCUUCGCAGGUACAGCGACCCGAAAACAACCGGGUAUCCAAUCCUCCUUUAAAUAGAUGGAUGCACGUUUAUUGUGGCAAGUGGCAGAAAGCUAAAACGGUAAAGAGGCAUUAUAUGCUCUGUGCGUACGCCCCUGCUCUAAAACAGGAGACUGUGGCAACGCGAUGCGAUAUUUGCGAUGAGAAAGAAGGAAUACUUGCGAACUGUGCGAAGUGUCACCGCCGGUUCCACCCGAUUUGUGCUGCACAGAAAAAGUUGUAUUGCGCACGGUCGAACCGCUCCGAGUGGAAGUUCUAUUGUGAAGAGCAUCCCCCUUCAGAUGCAGCUUUCGAUGUGAAUCGCCAAACGUGGAUCACGCAAGCAAUACUGGGGCAGCUGCGGGAUCUUCGUCGCUCGCUUGAACGUGGAAGAAUGCUGCUUGAGAUGGCUCGUCAACGGGAUCGCCAACAGAAACGGCUGCUCAAUUUUUGCAAGCUCCCGCUUAUGAAGGCAUCGGUAGAAGUGGUUUUAAAAAGACGUCCAACCCCACAAAUGAAGGAGACAUAUUACGAAUUGACAGGAAAUACGUUGACUGACGCACGACGUCGCGCUAAGCCAGUCCUACUACCAUCGCGUGAUUUGCAAAAUUGCGCAAGAAGCAGUUUGCGCGCUACAGUUGGAAGCCGUUCUAUCCGCACAAGUAAGCGUUCGGCAGUGCAUGCACCCGCUGCUACAGAAAGGAGCUCAAAGCGCCGCCGUGCAAGCUCGGGAUCCAGUGGUUUGGACAAUAGUGACCGCAGUUUUGGCCGGCGGAGCGUCAAUCGGAGAGGCACGAAGUAUGAUGAAGUAGACAGUAGCGAGGACGACGACGAAUUCGAAAGUCAGAAACAGGCGUGGGCGGAUCUUGCGGUUCCCGACGAGCUCGACGAUUUUGAUUUUGUUAUUGAAGAGCAAUAUCCGGAACUUGUGGAUUAA